AUGGUUACCAAGAGUGGAUUUGGCAAGACCUCCAAGCGGGUUCCCGUCCGCCUGAGGCACAAGAUUGAGAAGUCUGCUGUCCAGAAGCAAAGAAAGCAGAAGAAGCUUGCAAAGAAGAACCCCGAAUGGCGGUCAAAGAUCAAGAAGGAUCCCGGCAUUCCCAAUCUCUUCCCCAACAAGGAUAAGCUCCUCCAUGACAUCGAAGAGCGCAAGCGCCUGAGGGCCGAAGAGAUCCAGCGCGCUCGCGAUGAGGCCAAGGCCCGUAAGGCCCAAGGCUUGCCCGUCGCAGCAACUGGCACUGAUGCCGCCGACAUCGACGAGGACGAUAUGCUUGACGACGAUAUGGAGGGCGACGACUCCAACCCCAUGGCUGCUCUUCUCGCAUCGGCCCGCGCCCGCGCCACAGAGUACGAUGACAACCAGAGCGAGGAUGACGAUGAGAUGGACGAGGAUGACGACGAAGAUGAAGAUGAGGACGAGAUGGAUGAAGACGAUGAGGGUGGCGCAUUGCUCGACGGAUCUGCCCCACCAUUGGUCACAGCGAAGUCUUUCACGAAGGAGAGCUCACGACGCCAGUUCGACAAGGUGUUCAAGCAGGUCAUUGACAACGCCGAUGUCGUUCUCUAUGUGCUUGAUGCCCGUGACCCCGAGGGCACUCGCUCCAAGGAGAUUGAGCGCGAGAUCAUGGCCGCCGACAGCGGCAACAAGCGUCUGAUUCUCAUCCUGAACAAGAUCGAUCUGGUCCCUCCCCCAGUUCUCAAGUCCUGGUUGAUCCACCUCCGCCGCUCCUUCCCAACUCUUCCCCUCAAGGCGUCCACCGGCGCUGGCAACGCACACAGCUUCGACCACAAGCAGCUGACCAUAAAGGGAACUUCCGACACCCUCUUCCGCGCGCUGAAGUCAUACGCCAACACCAAGCAGAUGAAGAGAUCCAUCUCUGUCGGUAUUAUUGGAUACCCCAAUGUCGGCAAGUCUUCCGUGAUCAAUGCCCUCACCGCACGACUGAACAAGGGCUCGAGCAAUGCUUGCCCCACCGGUGCCGAGGCCGGUGUCACUACCAGCCUGCGCCAGGUCAAGUUGGACAACAAGCUCAAGCUCAUUGACUCUCCUGGUAUUGUCUUCCCCAGCUCUAGCGACAAGAGCUCCACCAAGAAGAACAAGAAGCAAGAAGAGCAGGCCCGUCUCAUCCUGCUCAACGCCGUGCCUCCCAAGCAGAUCGAGGAUCCCAUCCCCGCAGUCAACCUCCUGAUCAAGCGUUUAUCUUCCUCAGAGCAGCUCAUCGCCAAGAUGCUGGAGGUCUACGGCAUCACUGCCCUCUUUCCCACCAGCAACGGUGACAAGACAAUGGACUUCCUCGUCCAGGUGGCCCGCAAGCGCGGCCGUCUUGGCAAGCGCGGUGUCCCCAACAUCGAGAGCGCUGCCAUGACCGUCAUCAACGACUGGAGAGAUGGUCGCAUCCAGGGCUGGGCCAAUGCGCCUGUGCUCAACGUGGUCGCAUCGACCGAUGCCCCGGCCAGCGCCGCCGAGCCUGGCGCUGACACCGCCCAGGUUGUCACCGAGUGGGCCAAGGAGUUCUGCAUUGAGGGCCUCUGGGGCAACGGACAGGGUGACGAUGAGGAAAUGGCCGAGUAA